AAGGCGAGGUGACACAAUUUGUAAAACAUCGCAUCGCCUACAUUGAAUAAGCAGUGACUGACAAUCGACACAGAAUAAAAGAAGUGCCUGGCCUGGGGUUUAAAUUAUUUCGAAUGCGGAAGGCGGAACUACGACGGAAAGACAGCUGCUGGGUCUCUUACAUACAGAAAUUCGCUCUAAUCGGACUCGAGCGGACACACGGAGGGAACGGAGAAGAUGGUGACACUAGUACUGCUGGUUCUCGCAUUGGUCACACUGAUUGCUUUCUUUGUUUUCAGCAGGAGAAGACACAAUCUCUUUAAACAGCUGAACAUCCCUGGUCCAGAACCAACCAGAUUUCUGGGAAUCAUUCCCCGAAUCAAAGAAAAGGGCAUUGCUAAAACAGAUUUGGAGCUAAUUGCGAAAUAUGGACAAAAUGUAGGCGUAUUUGUCGGUCAUAGGCCAGUGUUGCUGACCAGUGAUGCUGACGUCAUUCAAGAAGUGUGUGUGAAGAAGUUCCAAUGUUUCCGGAACAGAGCGAGUAUCUUAAACCUGGGUUGUACUCUAGAGGCCGCAGUUGCUUUGGCCAAAGAUGAGAAGUGGGAAUUCCUCCGCCGAAGGUUAGCGCCACUGUUCUCACCCUCCAAACUCCAAACGUCGGGCGUUUUAGCUAUUGUGAAUGAGAGCGCCGCAGAAUUAGCAGAUUAUAUUCAGGAACUAAGUGCGUCCGAGAAAAAAGACUUUGAUUUUUAUACGGCAUGUGCAUAUUUUUCCAUGGACGUAUUGUGCUCAUCACUAUUUGGGCACCACGUGACAAGUCAUAAAAACCCAGGAGAGGAUUUUGUCAAAAAAGUUCUUGAAGCGUUCGAAGCUGGAAAUAAAACAAUCAUUAAACCUGUUACGUUAUGUGCAAUACUUCCCGCAUUGCGCCAUUGGUUCUGGUAUCGAAAUUUCAACCCAAUUUCCAAGAAGACGCGCGAGUUCUUUGAUUGUCACAUGGUUGCGGAGAUAGAAAGGAGGGGCACCGUUGAGAACAGAUGCAAGGAUCUUUUGCAAAGCAUGCUUGAGGCUGACGGCAAUUCAAACACUACUGGAGACCGGAACGGGAAAUGUCUAGAUCUAAGCCUUUCCGAGCUUACGGCUAAUAGUUUAUUUUUCGUCUUGUCCGGAUACGAAACAGUGGCUAAUGCGUUGGCGCUGACAGUUUUAUGUCUAGCAGAACAUCCUGAAUGCCAAAAGAAAUUGACGGGCGAAAUUAGAGCAGGUUUAGGGACAAGGAACUCUACACCACAGAAAGACACUCUUACAAAUUACGAAAAUAUACAGAAAUUGAAAUAUCUAGAUCAAUGUGUUAAUGAAAGUCUUCGGCUGUUUCCACCAUUUCUGAGGUUUAAUAGAAGCACGAAUAAGGAAAGCUUAAUUAACGGAAUAACGAUCCCGAAGGGUCUUGACGUCGCUGUGUCUGUGUAUGCUGUUCAUCACAACAGUAACGUCUGGGAUGAGCCAGAGAAGUUCGAUCCCGACAGAUUUUCGGAGGAAAAGCUCACACCGUCUCAAAAAAGCCAUUUCCUACCCUUUGGACUUGGUCCAAGAGAUUGUUUCGGGAAGGAUUUUGCUCUAAUGGAGGUUAAAAUAGCGCUGGUUCAUUUGUUGCAGCGAUAUGAAGUUUCAACACUUCCUGAGACAGAAUAUCCACCAGUUCUGGAAAAAGGAAACUUUUCCAAGGCGGAAAAUGGAAUCAAGCUGAAAUUUUCAGAGCGUAAACAGUGACUGAAAAAUGAAUUAUACACAGUUUCUAAUAGAAAAUGACAAAAAGUGAAACCGUUGUCAAGCUACAUGGAAGAAAGCGUAGAUGCAAAGAGCUUGACGAAUGCACCAUAAUUAUGAUCAAAGAAAAUCCACUUGUUUGUGAUAUCUCUAUGAUAACGAUAUCAACACGUGUUUCAGAUGUCGGAUUUGGCAUGAAAAGGACAACUAAGUCAAAGGCCGGCACGAUGUUUUUCUUCUAUACGUACUUGUAGUGAUUCCGUUUCAUUAACCAUUUUGGAGCAAGUUCACGUACAAGUUAAUUGAAAACGUAGUCUCUUUCUUUCAUGUGCAUCAAAGGUCGAUCAAUACACACCAGAAAACUGCCAGUCUCCCACACCUUGAUGGACCAUAGUGCAUCGAUCUCUCGAAGCAUUUUGGUCAAAGAUGUUGAAGGCAAGAACGAAAGAAAACCAAUUUUAUUCAGCAAUAACACGAACAGAAUAUGGAAUGAGAACAAAUGGAAUAGAAUGUUAACAAUACAUGACAAAUAAUACAGUAGUUAUAUACAUGUACACUUAAAUUUAAUAGAUAAAUACAUGAAUU